CCCUCUCUCCUCCCGGUUGCUGACCCCCUGUGUGGGCCUGAUUCGCCCUUCCCCUUCCAGGCUGGCCGGCAGCUCAGUCUGCUGAAGGUGAAGAAGAAGUGGCUCUUGCCGGCUUCCUGCAGCUUUUUCUUCGUGCUCUCUGCGCUCAUGACCGGCUGCUUCCUGUGGCAGUAUUACCUCCCCAAGCUGAAGACCGGUUCCUUGGGACCAGAGGUGACCUCUGCCCCUGUGAGGAUGUGUCCCCAGCACCCUGAGCCUGUGCCCCUGGCCCACCCCCUCCCCGUGUUGAAGGAGGCCCUGGAAAAGGUGGGCUGGACCCUCCGCCAGGCCCUGUCUGCCCCGGGCCUGGCUGCCAUGUCUGCAGUUGUGAUCCACAAUGACACCGUGCUCUGGACUGGGAACUUCGGGAAGAAGAAUGGUUCAGACCCAGCUUCUGGGCCCCCCAACGAGUACACCAUGUACCGGAUCUCCAGCGUCUCCAAGAUCUUUCCUGUCCUGAUGCUGUACCGCCUAUGGGAAGAGGGCAUCGUGGCCUCUCUAGAUGACCCUCUGGAGCGGUAUGCCAGCGCCUUCACCAUUAACAACCCGUUGGGUAUGGCAUCAGCCUCCCAACAAAGGAGUCUGGUGGAUGGGCUGGAGGAGGUGGGCCCAGCCUCAAGGCCUUCACCCGUCACCCUCCGAAGGAUGGCCAGCCAGCUGUCAGGGCUACCCCGAAGGCUCCGCUCCACUUCCCUGUUGUGGAGGGGCAGCACCCAGGAGGCCCUGAGCCUGCUCAAGGACGAUGUGCUGGUGGCGGAUCCAGGAACCAGAUGCCAUUACAGCACGCUGGCCUUUUCGCUUCUGGCCCACGUCCUGGCAGCCCACACCGUCCAGGGUGACUACCAGCGCUGGAUCUUGGAGAAGGUGCUGGAGCCGCUGGGGAUGGCAGACACAGGCUUCGACCUGACGCCUCCUGUGCGUGCCCGGUUGGCAGUGGGCUUUUAUGGCAGUGGGCGGCCGGCACCUCUGUACGACCUGGGCUGGUACCGGCCGUCGGGCCAGAUGUACUCCACCACCGCUGACCUGGCCAAGCUGUCCAUGGUGCUCCUGGGCGGCGGGCCCCAGCGGCUCCUGCGGCCGGACGCGUCCAAGACGCUGCUGGCGCCGCUGCUGGCCUGCCCGGGCGCCUACUUCGCCAACGAGACGGGCACGCCGUGGGAGUUCCAUGCACAGCGGGGCUACCGCGUGGUGCGCAAGGACGGCGAGCUGGACGGCUACGCUGCCACCUUCUCCCUGGUGCCGCCGCUGCGCCUGGGUCUCACGCUGCUCCUGGCCGGGCCGCGGCCGCCCGGGCCCGACCUCGUGGCGCAGGCCUACGACGUGCUCCUGCCGGCCAUGGAGAGGGCCCUGAGGGGGGCCGAGCUCAGCCCGGCGCCGCCGCCCAGCACGCGCCCCUUCACUGGCUACUUCACCUUCUCUAACUUGACCUUCUACGACGUGCGCCCCGGGCCGGCGGGCGAGCUGCGCCUGCGCCAGUUCGGGCCCCGCGUGGAGGCGCUGGUGCCCGCCGCGUUCCGCACGCUCACGCUGCGCCACGUGCGCGGCCGCGUCUUCCAGCUGCACGUGGCCCGCGAGUUCCCGUGCGCCCUGCCGCUCGGUGACUCCUGGCUGUCCCUGGAGGCCCAGCACGGGCAGCUGGUCAACUUCUACCCCUUGGACCGCCACGGGCUGUCCCCGGGCUUCGACGUGCCGGGCCUCAACACGUACAGGGUGUUGCGGCUGUCGCACAAGCCGGUGUUCAAGACCCAGUGACCCUGGACUCCGUUUUCCCUGCUGUUGCCUCCCAGCUGUCCAACCUAGUUUUGCAAAGUAAGGCUGCAUGAAGGUUUGCUGGAGAACCCGAGGAGUUGGCAGCGUGGGGUAGGGCAGUGCCCCUCAACGUUGUGGUCCGUGGACCACUGCCGCUUGCCAGCUGUUAAGUUAUCUGUGGGAGAGGAAGAGUUAGGUAAGCAUUUAGAAACUGUAAUAGCGAGUUGACAGAGUACUUUUGUGUGUGUGUGUGGAAUCUGAGACAGAGUAUCAUUGUAUCUUUUAAAAAUCAACCUUAUAGAGUUAUAAUUUUAUGUAAAAGGAAAUGAACACAUUAUCAGGGUACAGUUUGAUUUUGACAGAUAUGUAUACCCAUCCCCACAAUCAAGAUAAUAGAAAAUUUUCAUCACUUGCCCAAACAUCCCUCCUACUGCUUUGCAGUCAGCUUCCUUCCCUGCUCCCAGCCCUGGGCAACUACUGAUCGACUGUGUCACUUUACAUUAGUUUUAGCCUGGAAUUUCGUAUAAGUGGAAUCACAGAGGGUAAUCUUUCGUGUCUGCCUGCUUUUGCUCAGCAGGAUGUGUUUGAGGUUCAUUCAUGUCUUUGUGUAUAUCAAUAUUUUGCUUCUUUUCAUUGCUGAAUAGUAUUGGGUUGUACAGAUAUGCCACAAUUGGUUUAUCCUUUCAUCUUUCUAUGGGUAUUUGGCUUGUUUCUAGAUUGGGGCUUUAUGAAACAGCAUUCCUGUAUAAGUCUGUUUUUGUGAAUACAUGCUUUCAUAUCUCUUGGGUAAAUAUCUAGGUGUGACUGCCAUGCAGUUUUAUAAAGCACUGGUACCAUUUUAUGUUCCCACCAGCGAUGUCUCCACAUCUUUGCUACCACUUAGCAUUGUCAGCCUUUUCAGUCUUAGUCACGCUAGCGGUAGUAGUUGUGAAGUCUUCUCUCACCGUAGUUUUAAUUGCAUUGUAUUUAUCAUAUUGUAAAAGUUCUCCAAAUGUUGUGGAUAGAAGUCCUUUGUCAGAUACAAAUAUUGCAAAGAUUUCCUCCCAGUCUUUGGCUUGCGUUUUCCUUUUCUUAAUGAUGUCUUUUGAAGAGCAGAAGUUAUAAAAUUUUAAUAAAUUUUAUGCCUGAUGAAUCUGAA